CUUUUCCUUCUUUGUGCAAUUGUUCUUCACAGUAUUCUCCUGCAAAGAACAAUGGUGCGGCAGCUUGUUUGGCAGCGGGCCUCCGCCUCUCAGAGGUUGGCCCCGAAGUGCCUCUCCCCGCAAAGACUAUUCGCUCGCCGUGGUCUGGCCACCGAGGCCUCUUCGACCCCUGCGUCCUCACGCAUGCCCCCCUACCCCAAGAUUCUGCGGAAUCUGGAACAAGUCCGUCGUGUCUUGGGUUCUUCGCGAUCUCUCACGUUGGCCGAAAAGAUCCUCUACGCCCACUUGGACAACCCUGAGGAGUCGCUGUUGACCGGCACCAACAAUGGACGGGACAUCCGCGGCAAGGCCAACUUGAAGUUGAAGCCUGACCGUGUGGCGAUGCAGGACGCUUCUGCGCAGAUGGCUCUGCUGCAGUUCAUGUCCUGCGGCUUGCCCUCGACUGCAGUCCCUGCCAGUAUUCACUGCGACCACAUGAUUGUGGGUGAGCGCGGUGCCGACGUCGAUUUGCCGGCCUCGAUUCAGGGAAACAGCGAGGUGUUCGACUUCCUGGAGAGCGCUGCUAAGCGGUAUGGUAUCGAGUUCUGGCCUCCCGGUGCUGGUAUUAUUCACCAGAGCGUGCUCGAGAACUACUCGGCUCCUGGUCUGAUGAUGCUGGGCACGGACAGUCACACCCCCAAUGCUGGUGGUCUUGGUGCCAUUGCCAUUGGUGUUGGUGGUGCGGAUGCCGUUGACGCUCUCGUCGAUGCGCCAUGGGAGUUGAAGGCGCCUCGCAUUCUGGGUGUGCGUCUGGAGGGCAAGCUGAACGGCUGGGCUUCUCCCAAGGACGUCAUCCUUCACUUGGCUGGCAAGCUGACGGUUCGUGGUGGAACUGGAUUCAUCAUCGAGUACCACGGCCCCGGUGUGGAGACUCUGAGCUGCACGGGCAUGGCUACCAUCUGUAACAUGGGUGCUGAGGUUGGCGCGACCACCUCCGUCUUCCCCUUCUCUCCCAACCACAUUCCUUACCUUCAGGCUACUCACCGUGGCGAUGUGGCCAAGGCUGCCGCUGAGAUUGCCGCCUCUGGACCCCAAAACCUCCUGCGGGCUGACAACGGUUCCCAGUACGACCAGUUGAUCACCAUCGAUUUGUCCACCCUGGAGCCUCACAUUAACGGUCCCUUCACUCCGGACCUCUCGGUUCCCGUGUCUGCUUUCGCGGAUACCGUCCGGGAGAAGAACUGGCCCCAGACCUUGGGAGCCGGUCUGAUUGGCAGCUGCACCAACAGCUCCUACGAGGAUAUGACCCGUGCUGAGCACUUGGUCAAACAGGCCACCGCGGCCGGCCUCAAGCCCAAAGCCGACUUCUUCAUCACGCCUGGUAGCGAGCAGAUUCGGGCUACUCUGGACCGUGACCAGACGCUGUCGACCUUCUCGCAGGCGGGAGGUACCGUGCUGGCCAAUGCAUGCGGACCUUGCAUUGGUCAGUGGAAGCGCACGGACGGCGUCCCCAAGGGCGAGGACAAUGCCAUCCUGACCUCGUACAACCGCAACUUCCCCGGCCGUAACGACGGUAACCGCCGGACCAUGAACUUCUUGGCUUCCCCCGAGCUGGUCACUGCUAUGGUCUACUCCGGCAGCACGACCUUCAACCCCAUGACGGACAGCAUCAAGACCCCUAGUGGCGAGGAGUUCCGCUUCCAGCCUCCUACGGGCCAGGCCCUCCCCGGCCAGGGAUUUGCCGACGGCAACCCUGACUUCCAGCCCACCGCUGCUGUUCCUGACGCCUCUUGUGAGGUGAUCGUCUCCCCGACCUCCGACCGUCUGGCGCUGCUGGAGCCCUUCGCUCCCUUCCCCAAGGGCGAGCUCUCUGGUCUGAAGGUCCUCUACAAGGUCAAGGGCCAGUGCACCACCGAUACCAUCUCCGCGGCCGGCCCGUGGUUGAAGUACAAGGGUCACCUGCCCAACAUCUCCGCGAACACACUGAUUGGCGCCGUCAACGCCGCCACCGGCGAGACCAAUGUGGCCUACGACGAGGCCGGCAAGCAGUACUCGAUCCCCGAUCUGGCUGCCCACUGGAAGUCCCAGGGCACCGAGUGGCUGGUCGUCGCCGAGGAGAACUACGGUGAGGGCAGUGCCCGCGAGCACGCCGCCCUGCAGCCCCGCUACCUGGGCGGCCGCAUCAUUGUCUCCAAGAGCUUCGCCCGCAUCCACGAGACCAACCUCAAGAAGCAGGGUGUCGUCCCCUUGACCUUCGAGAACCCGGCCGACUACGACAAGAUCGAUGCCUGCGAUCAGGUCGCCACCGAGGGCCUGUACGAUGUCCUUCAUGCCGGUGGCCAGGGCUCCAUCCAGCUGCACGUUACCAAGCGCUCGGGUGAACAGCUCGUCAUCCCCGUCCGCCACACUCUCAGCCCCGACCAGUGCGGGUUCAUCCUGGCUGGCAGUGCGUUGAACCUGUUGGCGCAGCGGGCCAACAAGCAAUAAAUAGUCCGAUCACCUAGUCGGCUAUGUUGUUGUUUGUGUGUUUGUAUGUCUGUGUCUACCUUUUGUUAUGUACAUAUAUCCGUGUGGGGCUUUUCAGGUUCUUGGGCUGUUUGAGUAUUCAAAAUUCGGGGCAAAAAGCGGGUUAGAUUAAUUUUAUGACUGGAAUUUUGUUCCUCAGA